AUGGCCGCCGACUACCGGAGUCCGAGAGCCAGCUGCUGGGCUGUUGUACUGUUCUGCUUCCAGCUGGCUCAAGCGUUCUACAUACCUGGCUGGUCCAUCAAAUCCUACCGCGACGGCGAAGUCAUCCCCCUCUUUGUGAACAAGGUCUACAGCGACAACACCCAGCUGCAGUAUGCGUACUCUGAGCUGCCCUUCGUCUGCCAACCUUCACAUCGGAAACAUGCAGGGACUGGCUUGAUCUCCGGCUCCAACAUCGCACUGAAUCUGGGCGAGGUGCUACGAGGAGACCGGAUCAUGGUGUCGGAUUACGAGCUUGAGAUGGGCAAGGACCAAGAAGCGAGGUAUCUGUGCAGCCGAGAAGUGGACAGGGCAGGGUUGAGAAGAGCGAUCGAAGUGGUCAAGGACGGCUAUGUUGCGGAGUGGAUCGUGGAUAAUCUGCCUGGGGCUACUUCUUUCGUGACGGUCGACAAGAGCAGGAAGUACUAUGCGUCCGGGUUCAAGAUGGGCUACGAGGAGACUUCUCUUUCAACUGGACAACCGAGAUACUUCCUCAACAACCAUGUCACGUUGGUGAUUCGAUGGCACAAGGCGCCAGGCAAGGACGGUCAGCAGGGCAAGAAGGUUAUCGUAGGCUUCGAGGUGUACGCGAAAUCGAUCGAAGCUGAGAACCGCGACGCCUCUGGACUACCACCGGAUAUGCGCAACACUCGCAACGGCCUGGAGCUGACGAUGGCGAGGAACGUGACGAACACCACAUUAUCCCGCGACGAGUCCUCCGACAUGAUCGAAUCGCUGGACAACGGAGCCGAGGACGCCACCAUCACCAUCCCGUACACCUAUAGCGUCUACUUCCGCGAGGAAGAAAAGAUCGAAUGGGGCAGCCGCUGGGACCUAUACUUCGUCAACCAGGAGGAGAGCAGCAAAAUCCACUGGUUCGCCAUCGUCAACUCCGCUGUCAUCUCCGGUCUCCUCACCGCCGUCGUCGCCGUCAUCUUCGCCCGCACCAUCCGCGGCGAUCUCAAAAACUACAAAGACGCCGGAAUGGAAGAGCUCCGUCUCGGCAAACGCAGCAAAGGCGCGCGCUCGCCCCGCCGCAGCGGCGAGAAGGGCGGGCUACUGGACCAAGUCGACGGCGAAGCCACCGCAGGCGCCGAUGACGUCUCGGACGAUGAUUUACCCGCCGAAGACAUCACAGGUUGGAAACUCGUGCACGCCGAUGUCUUCCGCACCCCGCCCUACGGCCACCUGCUCGCUCCCGUGGUGGGCUCCGGCAUGCAACUCGUCUUUAUGGCCCUGGGCCUACUGCUCCUCUCCUGCCUCGGCGUCCUGAACCCCAGUUUCCGCGGCGGCUUCAUCAGCGUCGGCGUCGCCUUGUUCGUCCUCGCCGGCGCGUUUUCGGGCUACUUCUCCGCCCGCAUCUACCGCACCUUCGGCGGCGCGCAAUGGCAGCACAACGCCGUCGUCACUGCUACGUUGUUUCCUGGCCUGCUGUUCGCGACGGUCUUCCUGCUCAACCUCUUCGUCUGGGCGCAAGCGUCUUCCACCGCGAUCCCGCUCGGCACGCUUUUUGGGUUGGGAGCGCUGUGGUUGUUCAUCCAACUCCCGCUCGUCUACGCCGGGUCGUGGUACGGUUUCCUCAAAGCAGGAGCGUACAGCCAUCCGAUCAAAGCGGCUGCGAUACCGCGCCAGAUCCCGCCGCAGCCUUGGUAUGCACGCCCCGUGCAGGCGGCGCUGCUCGCGGGGUUGGUGCCUUUUGCGGUGGUGUUUAUUGAGUUACUCUUCGUGUUCCAGAGUUUGUGGAGUGAUAAGAGUGGGUAUUACUAUGUCUUUGGGUUUUUGGCGAUUGUGAGCACGAUUCUGUUGGUGAGUGUUAUGGAGGUGACGAUUAUUGGCGUCUACAUCCAGCUCUGCAACGAGAACUACAACUGGCACAUCCAAUCCUUCCUCCUCGGCGGCUCCUCGUCUCUCUGGAUCUUCGCCUACUGCAUCUACUACUACACCCGCGUCCUCCACAUCUCCGGUUUCGGCAGCGGGCUGCUUUUCUUCGCGUACUGUGGACUGGCGUGUGCGGUAUUUGGGCUCGGGACGGGGACGGUGGGGUUCUUGACGGCGUAUGGGUUUGUGCGGAGGAUUUACGGCGGGGUGAAGGUUGAUUGA